CCAAUCAGCUGAUUCAUCCAAGUACAACCAGAGGAAGUGUAACCUGACAGGCGAGCCGAGGUAAAAAAAAACAACCAAACCGUGUAUCUUGACGCCUGACGUCUUUACGUCACUCACACAAACGCAACAUGGCGACGGCCUUGCGGAGGGUGUGCAGCGGAGUGACUUCGAGGACCAUGAAAACUUGUCUCCUGAAAGACACGACAUGCUUCAGAGUUUCUCUUCUGAACUGCAGCCGACAGACGCUGCAGCGCAGCUUCAACACUGGUCGUGGCUUCCUGCCCCGGCCUCGGCCCCUCCCUCUCCUGUUAGUGACAGGUGGUGGUUACCUGGGUUACCAUCACUUCAGGACAAGGGACCAACAGGACGAUGGAGCCCCGCCUCCUUUGGCCACACCCACACAAGUGGCGUUGUACCGCUCCUUCCCGACACGCCUCCUCUCUCGGGCCUGGGGUCGUCUGAAUGGGGUGGAGCUCCCCACCUGGCUCCGAAAACCUGUGUACUCCUUAUACAUCUGGACCUUUGGGGUCAACAUGCAGGAGGCAGCAGUAGAGGAUCUACAUCACUACAGGAAUCUGGGGGAAUUUUUCCGUCGGCGUCUCAAACCUGCAGUCCGACCGCUAUGCGCCACUUCCUGUCUGAUCUCUCCAGCCGAUGGGAGGAUCCUCCACUUUGGUCGGGUCAAGAACUCAGAGGUGGAGCAGGUGAAGGGGGUCACCUACAGUCUGGAGAACUUCCUGGGUCCACAGAACAGGCAGGGCAAAGACUCGUCGUCAUUCCGGGACCUACUCCUGUCGUCUCCUGAGAACGACCUGUUCCACGUCGUGAUCUACCUGGCACCAGGUGACUAUCACUGUUUCCAUUCGCCCACAGACUGGAGGGUGGAGCUUCGACGUCACUUCCCAGGCGUGUUAAUGUCUGUUAACCCAGGCGUGGCUCGUUUGGUCAAAGAGCUCUUCUGCCUUAAUGAGCGUGUAGCGCUCACCGGUCAAUGGCAGCAUGGCUUCUUCUCGUUAACGGCGGUUGGAGCGACAAAUGUCGGCUCCAUCCGGGUUUACUUCGACCAGGAGCUUCAGACGAAUGCUCCUCGCUACAGGAAAGGCUCCUUCUAUGACCGCAGCUACGUUGUCGACGGCGACCAGGUGUUGACAGGGACAAGUGAAGGGGGCCUGGUCUCCAUUGACGGAGGGGGUGUGGCCCUACAGAAGGGCGCAGCAUUAGGGGAGUUUAACCUCGGCUCCACCAUCGUUCUUCUUUUCGAAGCUCCAAAAGACUUCAGCUUCAAUCUGCAGCCGGGACAGCGAAUCAGAGUGGGAGAGGGUCUCGGCUGCCCCUGAUUGGAUGAGCUUGAGUGAGGGGGAGGGGCCUGAUGAUGAGGAAUGGCUAGAGACUAAUCAAAGACAGAUUUUAAGGUUAACCGCAUUGUGGGUAACUUUCUCAGUAUGUUUCUAUGACAAGGACUCAAACUCCCAGAAUGCCUUGUGCCUCAUUAACGACAAUAUGCCAAACUCUCUUUUUCUAUCCUCUCUGUCGAUCGCCCAGAAACUGAACCAACAAACUAAAAUAUUCCUUUAAAAUCAAUACAAACAAACAUUCAGACAACAUUUAAAAAACAAACAUCUGUUUCUGUUAACGUUCUGUUAACGUUCAGACAAUCCGUCCACUCAAAGUUUGAAUGGUGAAACUUUAUUGUACAGUCAGAGCUGAUGGCAUCAGCAGCUGAUUGGUGGACAGUGUACAGGAUGCCUGUGAUUGGUCGUAGUUUUGAUGUUGCUGAAUGAACAGACAGAUGAUGACUGGAUGCUGACUGUGUUUGAUGUUUUGUAAAAUAUGUCAUAAAUAAAUCUUUCUCUGUGA